AUAAUAUAAGCUACUUUAACGCUUUAAAGAACAUUUUUUUAAUAAGUUAAUUUGUUCAAAAAUAAUUUAAUAUUUAAAAUAAUUUAAAUAUUUUUAAAUCAUAUUUAAAUAUUAAAAUUUAAUAAUUAUAUGAUCUAACAUUGUUUUUUUUCUUCCAAUAGCCUUGGCUCUCUUCAUGCAUGUAACAAAUGUAACUGGUGUGGAAUCCAGCUUUAAGAAUUCAAGUUCCGAGGACAACUUUUGUUAAUAAUAUUACUACGAGUUAUGUCAUAAAAUUAAACUAUUCUUGUUUUUAUAGUUCUUUAUGAAGAUUUUUUUCUUGUUUUCAUAGUAUCUACUCUUAUAUUUUUGGUGGUUAAUUUUGUUUGAUUAAAAGUAAAUAAUUGACAUAAAAUAAAUGAAUUUUUUUAAACGAAAUUUCCUUUUUGAAAAAUUUACAAACAAAAUAAGAGAUACGGAGAAAAUUAAGAACCAGAUGGACGCAAUUAAAAAAAGAUUAUUUAACAAUUAAAAACGUAAACUGAUAAAUACAAUGAGCAGAUGCUGACGCCACUCUCUUAAAUGUGGGUCAUCCUUUCCGCGUUAGGGCCUAUAUAAAGGAUCCCAUGCGUCUCUCUCUUUCUACCAUCAAAUUUAGUUUAAUCAAUCAAACUGUGUGAUACAUUCUGAAACACAAAGAGAGAGACAUUAAGAGAAAGAAAAGAGAUAAAAAUAAUGGGUAGAUGGGCAAUCGCAGUACACGGUGGCGCAGGAAUCGACCCAAAUCUUCCCGUAGAGAGACAAGAACAGGCGAAACAGCUUUUAACUCGCUGUCUUAACCUCGGCAUAGCAGCUUUACGUUCCAACGUCUCCGCCAUUGACGUCGUUGAGCUCGUCAUUAGAGAAUUAGAGACGGAUCCUCUGUUUAACUCAGGCCGUGGAUCUGCUUUGACGGAACAAGGAACGGUGGAGAUGGAAGCAAGCAUUAUGGACGGUACGAAGAGACGAUGCGGCGCCGUUUCGGGGAUAACCACCGUGAAGAACCCUAUUUCUCUCGCUCGUCUCGUCAUGGACAAAUCUCCCCACUCUUACCUAGCCUUCUCAGGCGCGGAGGAGUUCGCUCGCAAACAGGGAGUUGAAAUUGUGGACAACGAUUACUUUGUCACGGACGACAACGUGGGGAUGCUCAAGCUGGCAAAAGAAGCCAACUCCAUCUUGUUUGAUUACCGUAUCCCGCUAGGAUGCGCCGGUGCAGCCGUAACCGACAGUCCUAUAGUGAUGAACGGUCUUCCGAUCAGCAUUUAUGCGCCGGAGACAGUGGGAUGCGUGGUGGUUGACAGAGAAGGACGUUGUGCUGCGGGAACAUCAACGGGUGGUCUGAUGAACAAGAUGAUGGGAAGGAUAGGAGACUCGCCGUUGAUAGGAGCCGGUACGUAUGCGUCUGAGCUUUGUGGUGUGUCGUGUACAGGAGAAGGAGAAGCUAUCAUAAGGUCGACGCUAGCGCGUGACGUGUCGGCUGUAAUGGAGUAUAAAGGUGUUGGGCUUCAAGAAGCGGUUGAUUAUGUUAUCAAGCAUCGACUGGACGAAGGGUUCGCUGGACUUAUUGCUGUGUCGAAUAAAGGAGAGGUGGUUUGUGGUUUUAACUGUAAUGGGAUGUUUAGAGGAUGUGCAACUGAAGAUGGGUUCAUGGAAGUUGCUAUGUGGGAGUGAGAGAGAGAUAGAGCUUUGUAUUUUAUUUAUUUAUUUUAAAUGGCUUAGUGUUCGAUCAGUGUGAUCCUUUCAUCAUAUCUCUAUCGAUUUGGUAGCUUAACAUAAUCCUGGAGUAUCAAAUUUAGGUAUUUGAUAUUUUCAGUCCAUUAUUAAUGUGUGUUUAUUGUGGUUUCGAUUUGUCAGUUUCUUGUUUAAGAUUUCUUGAGCGGUAGUAUUUGCUUCAUGAGUAAUUACAAUUCAGUAAUGAUUUGUACU